AUGGAGGCAUACCUCGCGGAAGUACGCAAAAUAGGGAAGCAGUUCCUGGGCCUGGAGCUACAGCACGUGCCUCGUGGCACCAACAAGCAGGCCGAUGACAUCGCCAAGAGGGCAUCCAGGCGCCUGCCUCAGGAGCCUGGCGUCUUUGAGGAACGACUCUUCGAGCCUUUGGCAGCUCCUCUGCCUAUGGAACCGGCGCCACUUCAGGAGGAACUCCCCGAGCCACCAGCCUCGGGAGCCCCCGCCUGCGGCCCGACCUCAGGAGCGCGCUUGCUCCUAGCGCUUGAGCCUCAGGAGGGGUGCUGGACUGAGGAGUUCAAGGCAUACUUGGUGCGAGGAGCGCUACCAGAGAAGGAAGAGGACGCCGAGCGCGUAGCCUGGCAAGCUACGGCAUACUACAUUCAGGACGGUGAGCUUUACAGGAAACGACCAAAUGAUGUUUCUUUGCGGUGCAUCUCCAGGAAGCAGGGGAACGAGCUGCUAGCUGACAUACACGUCGGGGACUGCGGGCAUCACUCGUCGUCAUGA